AUGCAUGAUUUGAUGGUGAAAUCAAGCUUACGAGUGCCUUCAUUGGCUGAGUAUACAAAUAUCAAGAAUUUGCCAGAAGACAUUGGUAAUUUGAAGCAUCUACGAAAUUUGAAUCUCUCAAGAACUAGAAUUAAAAUGUUGCCAAACUCUUUGUGUACAUUGUAUAAUUUGCAAGCAUUAAAAUUGCGUGGAUGCAACGACCUUGAUGAGUUGCCGAGAGACUUGGAGAGAUUGAUCAACAUGCUAUAUCUUGAUAUCAAGGGAACAAAGUUAGCAAGGAUGCCAGAAGGAAUGGUAUCUUUGGGGUUACAUGAUUGUAAAUUUUUCAUAUCCUUACCACCGCUUAGCCAAUUAUCAUCUUUGAAAUCUCUCUCCAUUUCCGGUUUGAGUGGAGUGUUACUAGUUGGUGAUGAGUUCUACGGGAAUGGACAUGCUUCAACUAAACCAUUUCAAUCUAUUGAAAUGCUAAGCUUUAAGAAUAUGGCCGAGUGGGAGGAAUGGUAUUGUUGGAGUGAUGAAGCUUUCCCUCUUCUACAAGAGCUAUGCAUUAGAGAUUGUCCAAAACUAACUAAGUCUCUUCCCAAACACCUCCCUCGUUUAAAGAAACUGAAGAUUGUAGAUUGUGAGAAGCUUGGAGGCUUGCUUCCAACGGCACCAAGCAUUUUGGAACUUGAGUUACAGAAAUACAAAGCAUUGCAGUUGGAGCCAUUGGCUUGUGGGCUUCGGGAGUUGGACAUUAGAGAUUCGAAUAUGGAUGAUUCCGUAUUGGAACAAAUGUUGCAACGAUGCACACUUCUUGAAAAGUUAUGUUUGUGGAAGUGUUCAGAAAUUAAAUCCCUUCCUGAAGUUAGGGUGCCCAUCACGCUGAAGGGAUUUAGCAUCAAUUCAUGUGAAAACUUGGAUUAUUCCAAUAUCUUCUUGUAUACAUCCCUUGAAUCCUUGGAUAUAAAAACAGUUGGAAAUGUCAUGGACUGGAAUCUUUCCCAUUAG